AUGGAGCGCCUUGUCCGACUUCGACUGCUUGACUUCCUCGACAUGCACAACAUUCUGCCGGAAUCGCAGUACGGAUUCCGGCCGAAACGGUCCGUCCGCGACGCGCUUGUCGGAUCCAUCGAAGCAUGGUCGAAAGCAGUCGAUUCGAACGUGCCUGUGGACAUCAUCUACUUUGACAUGACGGCCGCUUUCGACAAGGUUCAGCAUGUUCGACUACUGCAGAAGCUCUCAUCCUGCGGCAUCGACGGCUAUCUGCUCCAGUGGGUCAAGUAUUUCCUUACUGGCCGAGAGUCCAAAGUUAGGCUGGGCAAGACGUUCUCUAAUGCAUUCGAACCUACGUCGUCAGUACCGCAAGGCUCUGUUCUCGGGCCGCUUCUUUUCCUAGUGUACGUCGCAGACCUUGCCGACGUGCUAGUGUUGCCCUGCAUGCUGAGGUGCUACGCGGACGACGUCAACAUCUCUGCAGAAGUCCGAAGCGAUAGCGAUCGAGCGGCGCUCCAAGCGUCUGUUGAGAACCUCGUCGAAUGGUCUGUUCGAAAUGAUCUACCUCUCUCCAUCCCGAAGUGUAACGUACUGCACCUCGGCCUUAAAAACAUCAAGCACACUUACACCAUGGAAGGUAAGUCGAUCGCAGAAGAGGUAUAUGUUCGCCCCAUCGUCGAGACCUGCAGUUCGACGUUCGUCGUGACUACCAAGAAGGAAGUCGAGCAGCUCGAGUCAGUUCAGCGGAGGUUCACGAAGGCGGCAUUCACGCGGGCAUUUCCUGAAGAAGACCUUCCGAAUUACCGGGAACGGUGCCGCAGACUGGAGCUGGAGACGCUUGAAGAACGCCGCAUUCGCAGUGACCUGAUCUUGGCGAAGAAGAUCCUGCUCGGCAAAUGUGCGACAAAGAGCGCUUUUCGCUUAAAGCAGUCACGCACUCGCGGUGGAGCGACGAAGUUCGACAUUCCUUACAGCCGCACCAAAAUGCGGGAAUCGACUUUCUUCGUUCGCGUAGCUUCGACGCUCUCGAAACUUAACGCCGAUUUCGUGCUCAGUUCGUCUCUCGGUGUGUUCAAGAACUUCGUCAAAGACCUAGACCUCUCUGAAGUUUGUGAUCUCGUUUUCUAG